GGCGUCCUCUGUCCUGCAUCACCUCCAGAUUGUGCAUUAAUAUAUAAACACUUUCAUGCAAAAACAGCCGGUUUCCAUCAUUUUUUCACGCGUUUUCUCCAAUGCUUUGACAUUUGGAAUGUGCUGUUUUCUUGCAAGCGCCGUUUCCAUGCCAGCAUGGGAACUGCAGUGUCCAAAAGGAAGAAUCUGAGAAAUGAUGCGAUUUCUUCGGUGGCAGCCAAAGUUAGAGCAGCUCGUGCAUUUGGAGAGUACUUUCACACUCACCCUGAGAACCGCAACGGAUCAGAUCACUUACUCUCUGACAACCUCGUUGGCCACGACUCUGACUCCCCAGACAGCCUGUGUGCUCAGAACAACAACCUCCACAGCUACACCCUCCAGAGCUCCACUGUCAACACCAAACCCAGCCUGAUUAACCCCACCCUGGGCCUUCUGGAACCUCCUCAUCCUACAACAUCCUCCAAGAGCCGCCUGUCCCUAGAACGCAGCUUCUCGACCGAAGAGGACAAGCAGAAGUGUGUAGAGUGUGCUUUGCAACCUGCUCGGGUCUACACCAUCACUGGAGAGAGCGGCAUGCUGGGAACCAGCCGGGGAAGCAAGGAGAACCUCGAACUUGAGGUCUUGAAAGGGGCGCGGGAGGUGUGUCACACCCAAGCACUCGCCCAACCCUCCACCUCCUCUAAUUCGUCGUCUCCAACCCAGCACCACCGCCACAAAGGAAGUGGAAGUGGCAACCAUCAUCAUGGCAACCACCAUCAAAGCAACACCAGCAGCAGUGGCGCAGGUGGAAGUGGCGGAAUCAACCACCACCAGCACAUCUCCAGUGUGGGAAGCGGACCAGGAAUGUCACAUCAUCACCAUGGAGAAGCUCAUCACCACCAUCACCUUUCCCAGCCACUACAAAGCUCUGUCAGUGCACACAAUAUUCGUGGCUGGGGCGAAGGCAAGGAAUGUGGCCUGGCGUGCGAGACCUGUCCUGGGACGCCGUCACGCAGCCAGGGAUCCCUGGAUCUGGAGAGCAGUAACCGAGAGGCAGGCAAGCAGCACCAGCCACCACUAGAGCAGAUGUGCAGUGUUGACCGGGUGACUGGGCUGGAGAGAGAUGACAACAAUUGGUUCCCUAAAGAGAACAUGUUCAGCUUUCAGACUGCUACCACAACCAUGCAGGCGAUUUCAAAUUUCCGAAAGCACUUAAGAAUGGUUGGCAGCAGAAGAAUGAAAGCACAAACAUUUGCAGAGCGCAGGGCGAAGAGUUUCAACCGAUCCUGGAGCGAUCCGACCCCUGUCAAACAAGAUUCUAUUCACGACUCAAAAGACAGUGGAGAGCUGCAGACCACCUGUUGCACUCCAGAUGAGGGUGGAUGUGAAGACCUGGACUGGGAGGAGGAGAGAGAAAUGGAGAGACUGGCAUGUGAUGGGGAUGACUUUAUACCCCCUAAAAUUAUGCUGAUAUCAUCUAAAGUCCCCAAAGCAGAGUAUGUCCCCAACAUCAUUCGAAGGAACGAUCCUUCUAUUAUACCUAUACUCUAUGAUCAUGAGCAUGCUACGUUUGACGAUAUUUUGGAGGAGAUUGAGAAGAGAUUGACGGCCUAUAGAAGAGGCUCCAAGAUCUGGCGCAUGCUGAUCUUCUGUCAGGGUGGCCCAGGGCACUUGUACCUGCUGAAAAACAAAGUAGCCACUUUUGCCAAGGUCGAGAAAGAGGAAGACAUGAGCCAGUUUUGGAAAAGACUAAGCCGGUUUAUGAGCAAAGUGAACCCAGAGCCAAACUUGAUUCACAUCAUGGGCUGCUACGUCCUGGGCAAUCCGAAUGGAGAAAAGCUGUUCCAGAAACUGAAGAACCUGAUGAGGCCUUAUUCUGUCACAUUUGAGUCACCGCUGGAACUCUCCGCUCAGGGCAAAGAGAUGAUUGAAAUGUACUUUGACUUUCGUCUGUUCCGACUUUGGAAAACUCGGCAGCACUCAAAACUCGACUAUGAAGAUCUGGUGUGACCCAGUGCAGAUCAGAGUGUAGCAUUGCGGGCAGGACGUCCCACUGUAAAACUCCAUUAAACCAGCUUUCAUUUCAGUGGACAGGAACAGGGGGAGGACAACGAGAGGAGACAAACAGCCAUUGCUGUGUCCCAACUAUUGUUUAUCAACUCUCUGUGCCAGAGUUAGACCACUUUCAAAUGGUAACACACAAGAGACGAAAACAAACGAAUACAACAGAUGGCAAAUGGACCAAAACAAAAGUGAAGACAAAAAAAAGAGGAUAUGUUGAUGUUUCUCUUCUAUAAAAGAGUGAAGUUGUUUCUUGUUGGAGAAUAUUGUUGUGUGUUGUUGUUGUCCACUUUUGCCAUUUUUUAAGUAACAUAUCACUCACAGUGAUCACAAGCUGUCGAUCACUAGCAAAGACCGUCAAGUUUACGAAAGAGUCAUCGUCCAAUAUCAGGUCGUCUUUUACAAAACUUAUCAGAAAACAUUGAAAUUGUCACGUAUGAAAUAUUAUAUUGGUAUGCAUACAGGAUAUACAUCUCAUGAGGAUAUAGAGUAGCUAUAGUCAUGCAAAUAAUCUAAAUGUCAACAGUACACAAUUUACUUUUUCAAUGAUUAUUGUUGUGGUCUUUUUAAUUAACUAUUUUGAAAAACUCAGGUUUUAGCCUUUAUGAAUAUAUUAAUUAUUCCCCUAACCAGAUGUUUUUGGAGGUUGUCACUCAACAUUUUGGAAAGAAUGUACAUUUAGCUGACAUGCAUAUAUGUGAUCAAUUUCUUGCAAUUUUCUUUUGGCUUACCUCGUGUCUCUUGCAUUAUAUGCCUUUCUUUGUCCCCCAUCGAAAACAUAGACCCAUAUUGUAACACGUAAUCGCACACAGUCCCAGAACACAGAAAUAGUGACUUCCAGUCAUAUAAUAAUAAAUAAACUGACCUCAAUAUAGCCACACAUCUGCGGAAGGUGCAUCUGAAGUAUUAGCAGUAACAUGGCAUUACAGGGAGAUAUUUCAAUAUGUUCAAAUAUGUAUCCUUUUGUUAGUCAACGUGUUCAUAACAGUUUGAGUGUUUUCACUCUUGGAUUUGCCCAAUUUCUUGGUCGGAACCUGUUAGAUAUGAGUUUGAUCUUAACUCCCUUCCCCUGAGCCCACAGGUAGCUUUUCACAUUGUAUUAUUUGGUGGUAAACCAUAGGAAAUGACUCAAGGAGAAGGCUUCAAAAAUGGAAAUUGUUGUUGAUGUAAUUUUUUUUACUCAUGCUUUGUCCAUUUGGUUUUAAAACCAAAACUUAACACGCACAAAAUGGCAUUUGCAUUCUGGGUUGCAAAAGAUACAUGAAAUGUGAGCUUUAUACUAGAAAAGAUAAUAAGUCAAUAAUAGUAGUUCACUUCUGCAAAAUAGACCAGACUGCUUUCAUACCAAUUCUGGACUCAGUGAACCAUACCUGAGACCACUAUUUUCAAGGGCAUUCCUCUUGCAUAAAUUCGAAAAUCAGCUUUCAUACUCUAACGUCAAAUGUAUUUGGUUCCUCACUUGAAGUUCUAGUAUAAAAAUACCCUUACUUUUCCAUAGGUAUCCAUUUCAUUUCAGGCCAUUGGUGUGGUGGGUCAUGAGCAGGCAUUAUUUUGAAGGUCACUUUUGCCUUAUGGGGCGUAAUGGUAUUUGAUGUCCAUACAAGGAUAAUAGAAUGAAGUGUUACAUUUUAUGACAGCAUGCAAGUGUAAACUCUAUGCAUUCCUCUUCUUCCAUUAGUAGCUUUUAAAGGAUUUGAGCAACUAGCAUUUUUUAUGUCUAUGGUUCUGAAUGUUAUAAUGUGCUCAGCUAAUAAGCCAUACACUCGUUAGCUACUGCAGCAAGCUGCUUAGACUGAGGGUGUCUUUGAUGUUGAUGACUUCAGACAUUCAUGAAGAAGCUGAACUUCAAUCUAGUUAAAUUAUAGAUUUUUUUAAUGUAUCUUGUUUUAUACACACCCAUGAUGCUAAUUGGCCAAUCCUUUGGUGUUGUUCGGGCAACAUUAAACUUUAUUGACAAAUUGGGGUCUUAGACCCACAAUUUAACUUGACCAGUCCAUUGAGUUCACGAGAUGUUAGUGGAAGAACGUAUCUUAUCCUAUGAGCAGCAUCCCAGAUAUUCUAAUUUCAAGCAUCAUAUUUGUGUACAAAAUUCUGAUAAACAUUCUGAUAAACAUCGGUUUGGUCUGUUCCUCACGCAAAGCUAUUUUAUGGCUUCAGAAGUCUUGGAAUAUAACCCACAAGUCUUUUAUGAUACUUUUGAAUCAUUUUUGGGCUUGACAGCAUUACUCAGUCCCUGCUCUUAAUGAAAUGGAAAAGAACAGGCAGGAUAAUCUUAAAAAAUGCUCUUUUUGUGUUCCAAGGAAGAUAAAAAGUCACAAGGGUUUGAAACUACAUGAGUGUAAAUAAAUGAUAAUAGAAUAACAAUUUUUGGUAGAACUGUUCCUUUCAAAUGAGAAGAUUCACGUCAAUUCUUAAUCAAAAAUGUUGCAAAAACAUCUGCUGAAUGUCGUUCUAACAUCCCAAAGGGAAGAUUUUAGCAAUCCAGAUGAACAUGGACACAUCAGCAUUUUUUAUUUGCAACAUACGUGCACUAUCAAGGUCAAUACUAGUCAUUUCAUGCCCCUAUAUACCCUCAUUUGAAGGGUACAAGAAGGUUAAAGAGUGAUUUUACUGUAUAUAGCAGACAUACUCAAAAGUAUAAUAUGGUUGUAAAGAAAUAGUCUUUGAAUAGUCUUUUUGACUGCAAGGUUCCCAUAACUGUGUGGUGCAUACUUGGAUUAAGUGUCCGUGAGGUCAAAUGAGUGUACAGCUAUCCACCUCUCUCCCUAAAGGGCUGCACCCCAGUCAGAAAAUAGGCUACAAAUUAAUUGGACUGAUCCUAGAGCAAUUUCAGUCAUUAUGGGGCCAUCUGUGAAUCACAGUAGGUGUCAGAGAGCCUGAUAUGUCAGAGGCAGACAGAGAGAGAGAGAGAGAGAGAGAGAGAGAGAGAGAGCAUUUAUAGAAAGAGAAUCCAUAUACUACAGAUGGCAGAAUCACACUAGCAGGAACAUUUGUUGGUGAGCGUGUAAGCGUGUUACCUUGGGACGUCCAAUAUGUACAGUAGGCAGAAAAUGGAGGCUAGUUAGACAGUUCAGUUCAUAUAUCAUUCAUUCAUUAUAACUUUAUCACUCAUAUUGCAUUUUAUAGCCUUUCAGUAAGAAGGGGAGUCAUGGAAUCAGUGUUUGUUUAUUUAUUUGCUUUUUAACUGGGUUCACCAAGUUAGCGUUUUAAAGCCCUUUGUCGAUGUAGCAGUAUAUGUACUGUAACUCCUUUCAUUAUUUAUAAUAUAAAUGUUAAUGUUUUGAUAUUUUUUCCUAUUUAUUAUAGAAUUUAUUUAUGCUAUUUAUUUUGUACUUGUUCCAAACAGAAUGGCUGUUGUGCAACAAACAGUUCUUGUGGGGCAAUUAAUUUCUCACAAUAAUGGAAGAAUCCCAUUUGGUGUCUUGUACACAAAGCUUUGGCAAGAGUCUGCCUUUAAAAAUUGGCCUUGAACAAACAAGAUGUCUCACUGAAGGACAGGUUGCUUGUACUUGAUGUAAACUGACAUGGCAGUAAUAAAACAUUAAUGCAAGAUCUAACUCCAGCCCAAAUCCCAAGUUUUCAUCAGUAAACAUAUUUGCUGGGAAAUUAUUCUAAACCAGCUUUUUCCCCUGACUUACAGGGUUCUUAAUUAAGAACUAUAUGGCUCUUUGAAUGGAACCUUAAUACAGUAUGUUGAAAUCAGCAUUUAAGAGUGUCAUUUUCAAAAGAAUUUAGCAUACUAUUAGCAUCCCACUGACAAAAAACAAUAGAAUUCCUAAUGGUUUACACUACAAUACCAUUACGAGUGUAGUGUGUUUUUGUGCCAUAUUCCCUUAGAAUUUAAUAUUUUGUAUUGGUUUCCAUUACGGAUAUGUAUUGGUCCCUAAUGGCAUCCACUAGACAUAACAUGCCACCAAUAGAAGCCAACACAUUACCAGUUGAGACCCACAGGGACAUUAUAUUUUCCAUUAAAACCAUUACAAUUCCCAUAACAGCCAUUAGAACCAUUAGAAUAUUGUGAGGUUUUCCUUCACAUUUAUAGGAGCAGGGCUGUAGAUUUUUUCGAUAAAUAAUUAAUUUAUUCAAAAAUACAAGGUAUUUUAGUCACAUUUUAGUAGCCUUUAUUAGACAUACAAUACAUACAAUAUUUAAACCAUUUGUGAUUGUUCAUUGCUCAUUAAUGACUUUUAAUGUUCACUACACUCGUAAAAUGUGUUUUAAUGGUUUAAUGGUUUUCUAAACUUGUUUAGUGAGUUUUAAUGGUUUGUGAGGGUUCCCUACACUCCUUAAUGAGUUUUAGUGGUUUGUGAGCAUUCACUUAACUCGUUAACAAGUUUUAGUGGUCCAUGAGCAUUCGCUUGACUCCUUAACUAAUUUUAGUGGUCUGUGAUCAUUCUACACUUGUUAAUGAUUUUGGUUCUCUGGGCAGUGAUGUACCAAAUACAUUUCUGGCAAAACUACACUCAUUUACCAGUUUUAAUGGUUUGUGAGCAUUCACUACACUCAUUAUCAUAUUUUAGUGGUUGGUUAGCAUUACACCCGUUAAUGAGUUUGAAUGGUUUGUGAGCUGUUUACUAUAUACACUUGUUAAAUUUGAGUGGUUCCUGAGGUUUCACUAUACUUGUUAACGAGUUUUAAAUGAGUGGUUCAGGAGAGUUCACUAUACUCGUUUUAAUGGUUUGUGAGUGCUCAAUACACUGGUGAACAAAUUAUAGUGGUUCAUGAGCAUACACUCUUUAAAGAGUUUGAGCAUUCCCUAUACCUGUUAAUGAGUUUUAAUGGUCCGUGAGCGUUUGCUAGAGUUUUAAUGGUUCGUAAGCGCUCACUACACUCGUUUACGAGUUUUAGUGGUUUGUGAGCAUUCGCUUCACUCAUUAACACAUUUUGGUGGUUUGUGAGCAGUCACUACACUCGUUAACGAGUUUGAAUGUUUCUAUGGGCAGUGAUGUAACAAAUUAAUUUCUAGCAAGGGCACAGUUAACGACUGGUCUAUGAGUUCAACCCGAGUUUUCUAUCAAAAUGCUUUGGUUCUUUACAAUACGGUUCUGUACGUUAACAUUAAUGCAUUAGGCUCAUGAGCUAACAAUAAACAAUAAUUUUUACUUUUAUUAAUAUUGGUUAAUAUUGAUUUGUAAAUAUAGCCUACUAUUUUUAAUAUUUAUGCAAUUAACUUUUAAUGUUAAAAUUGUAUUAGAACAUUUUGAAUUAACAUUAACCAAGACAAAUAAAUGCUGUAAAUGUAUUUUUUAUUGUUUGUUCAAAUUAACUUUUGUGUUAACUCAUGUUAACAUCUUCCUUAUUGUAAAAUGUUACCAAUGCCCUUUAGUAGCAUAAACACCAUGUACUCUCUCAAUGCAUUUUUCAUUCCAUUUUCCAGCACACCCUGCACAUCUGGUCAUGUUGUAGCCCUGUUCAUGUGUGCAGGAAGGCUAGCAUGAGUGUAGGUGCGCCAGAGCUCAUUAGCUUUAUGAGAGACUUGAUAGAUUGUUUGGUUUUCAGUGCAUAAUGUUUGGAGCACUCAGCCGGCCCUCUUCAUAUCAUAUGAGAUUGUGUUUUAUAAUUGAAGAGUAUGAAUAUUCAACAAAAAAUAUAUAUUCUUUAUAAUCUGUUAUUCAGUAACAAGUUGAAUGAAUGUUCUAUGAGCCACUUGAAAUAUGGAGUGUGUGUACCAUUUGGAAUCAUUUCAGACACUCCCAUGAAUAACGAUGACAUGUUAUUGUUUUUUAUGAAGUAGGUAUUGUAGAUAUGAAUUACAUAACAGAUAUACUCUAUCUGGUGUUAAUUAUGUAAUCUGCAGAUUUGUGUCUUGUGCAUUUCAUGGUGUAUCUGAAUAAUUGUGUUGGGGAUUAAACUCAUGUUACGUAUGCAGUCUCUGGAACAGAUGCAUCUUAAAUAUGAGAUAUUCCAACAUGCUGGCACUGGAAGGGUGCAAAGUGUUUCUAAUGCUUUUCUUUUCUAAUAAAACCUUGUU